GUAAUUUUAGACGAUAAUGUUUAGUCAGCUACAUUCCUUACGGUAGGUUCCCGCCGCAGCGCGCGAAUUCUCUUCUAUCCCUUACGGUAAGUGCGUGCGGCUUGUGUUGGUUUUGCGAUUGUCACAACAGUAGCACGCGAGCGGCGCACUACAUCAAGAUAGCACACAACAGCUUGUCUACGAGAAAAGCUUUCUGUAGAUGCAUGGUGGAAUUUGUAUCUGAGAUUUUACUGGAAGACGCUGGACCAUAUGUUCAGAGAGUGGGAUUUUAAAUUCUGCGUCCAUCUUAAUUGACUAGAAACGUUGUGUCCUUUUGCUGUAGAAAAGCGAUUUUGUGAGGCCUUGGACUGAAUCACUGAGGAAGAUGCAUGCUGUGCUUCAUGAAGUGAAACAUUAACAGCUCUGAUUGAGUCCCUCUGACAGCUCAUUGAAGUGCCUGCUUUCCUCUGCUGCUAUGGCUUCCACACCUCCACCUCUCAUGAAGAAGCACAGUCAGACUGAUCUUGUGAGUCGCCUCAAGUCCCGCAAGGUCCUGGGUGUCGGCGGGGAGGAUGAUGACGGAGAGGUGCACAGGUCCAAGAUCAGUCAGAUGUUGGGUAAUGAGAUGAAGUUUGCUGUGCGUGAGCCCAUUGGUCUCCGGCUCUGGCUCCUCAUCUCUGCAGUGCUGUUCACAUCCAUAUCCUUAAUGGCCUUGGCUUUUCCUAGCCAGCUAUAUGCAAUAAUAUUUGAGAUCACCACCUCGAGGAUCUCCAUCAGACUCUAUGGAGGAGCCCUUCUAUGUAUCUCAUUAAUUCUGUGGAAUGGCUUGUACACAGCAGAAAAGGUCAUCAUUCAAUGGACGCUACUUACGGAAGCGUGUUACUUCGGAGUACAAUUUCUUGUGACAUCCAUCACCCUCUUAGAGAUGGGCACACUGUCCAACGGAGCAAUCGUUCUUCUUCUCAGUGAAACCUUCUUCCUCUUCGUCACCUUGAGUUACUAUCAUCACCUCGGCCGGCGCGCGAAAAAGAUAUGAAGGAGGCCAGCAAUUUGUUAGAUGAGUAGAUUGGCAGCACAGAAUGCUUUGAAUACAGUAGCACCACUGCCUGGACCAAAUGAAUUUACACUUGACUGAAAAUCAACCUCUGUUUGUAGGGAAUUUCCAUUUUAUUUAAGUACAAUAUCUGGGUAUUUACUCUCUUUAGAUACAGAGGGCCACAGAUCAUGACUAUUGUUUUUGUUACAUUAAGUUCACCACAGUGGGUAUAAUUAUUUGACAGCUCACUUUUUUGUAAAAGCAUUUUCUGAGAAUUUAUUGUAUGGAGGGUAUAUUUAUGGCACAUUUAUAAAUGUCAGAGAAUCCCAAAAGUGUCAUAUUAGUUUGAGAAGAUGCCCGCAAUUCAUGUCACAUUAAGUAAGAGUUUAGUGAACUUCCUCUGUGUGGUGUGUUAUUCUAUGGCAAGAAUGUAAUUUUAUAAUGGUACUGGUUUUAUUCACCAGGCACAAGAGGCACAGCAUGACACAACGUACAACAAUUAAUACAAGACAAAGGUUAAAACAAGGAAUGGCAUAUAUACAAAAUUAAUAAAUGCAUACAAAUUUGAAUCUAAUAUUACAGAAAUGCAACUGUUACAUUUACUUGUAGUUACUAACAUUUCUAAUAGAUUUAUUUCAUUCAUUUGUAAUUCAGGUAAAUUGCUGUUAAAAUUGCAAAGUGAAGACUUUGCAAAUACAUUCCUUUUGAAUUUAGGUUCCCAACAGUACAUUUUGUGAUAUGGUAAGAAUAAUGAAUGUAGUAUUAAAUGGUAUUUAAUGUGUGUAUUCCAGAAAGUACCUUGUUAACUUUGUAGUUGUAAAUGUAUUACUGUCAAAUGCAGCUCUGUUGCUUCAAACAAAGAAAUUCUACCCCUAUCAAUUCAGAUGUAACUUUUUUUUUUACUACUUUAUAUACCUAAUGGACAUUUGCACAACAUUUACGGAAGUAAAUAGUGCAGUUAUAAACUCGGUAAAACUCCCCAUAUAUGACAGAUUAAAAGAUUACAGAGAAUAAGUCAGUUGAAAAAUCUUUUGAGGAUUCAGGUGAUUUUUUUGCUUUUACUUCCAUGUUCUGAUCUCCAUGUUUUCAUGACAUUCAAGCCGUAGGCUAAUAAUGGUUUUACUCUUGCAAACUUUGAAAGAGUAUUAAAGGGACAGUUCCCCCAAAAGUGCAAGUGCAACAACAUUUAUUUUUAUUUUGGUGCAAAACUUCUAUGGAACAAAAAAGGAAUAUCAUAAUAGUGCUUCAUACAACUGAAUUCAUGAUGGUUUCUUUGUGUCUCGUCAUUGACAGUGAACUUCAGAGAAUUUUCUGUUUUGGGUGAACUAUUCUUUUAACAACUACCAUUAUGCACAACAAUCAUACAUUUUAGAAGUGUAUGUAGUAAGAUAUGCUUAAUGCCUUUAGUGAUUGUUGCAUGAAGUCAACAAUGCAGAUCGACAGUAGCGCUAAAAUGUAGCACUUUUAUAAAUAUAAAAUGUCAGAUUAGUAAAAGAUAUAAUCAGUGAACAAUACUUCUGUUCACCUUCCACAGUGUUAAUUAAAAACUGUUAGCAUGUUGAACUUUUAUUCACUUUUUAUUGUCACUAUGAUGUAGCCAUAAGCGAAUGUUGCAUUUCUUCUAUCAUACUAAUAACGUCUUGCCCAAUAUCGGCAAUCAGAGUUAAUUGUGAAAAAUAGUAUAAAUGAUUACUCUAUAAUUAGAUCUAGCAGGUGUUAUUCCUAAUAGUAUAUGCUUCCAUCACAGAACUGUCAUUUGAGAUGUGGACAGUCACACUGCCUUCCCGUAGAUCUUAGAUACUGCUUCCAGUGAAACACAAAUGACUUUAUUCCAAAGGGAAAUCAGAGGAUCAUAUGAAUAUGUGCUUUGGAAAGGGCAAGUUAGACAGUAUUUCAGACAGAGGAGGUGUGUGAUGAACCCAUUUCAUAAUUCUAUAUUAACUGCAGUACUUCAAAACCAAACUGAUGUUUGUUUAUUUAUACUGUACAUCUCUCUUGAGUUUAGUAAUAGUUAAUUAGCAAAACAAUGGACCAUGAUUUAAGUCAAAGCACAGUUUAUGAUCAUAUAUAUACUAGACUCAGUAUCUUUUUAAGUCACUUUUUGCUUUGUAAAUAUUUGAAUGAUUCAGGAAUGUGUAACACUUAAACAUCUGUAAACUUGCAACUUUAUUUGUAUUUGUUUUUGAGAAAGAUGAUUGCAAUGUUAAUUUUUAGUAUAUUUGUUUUUGGUUCUUUUAUGUGUUUUGAAAAAAAAAAAACAUGUAUGACAGGUAUGUAUCUACUUUUUGUAGAGAAACAGUGAAUGUGCUUAAUAAAUCUAAAGUUUUUCAA